AUGAUUGUCCCUCGUUUUCACCAGCCACAGCGAUUGAUUUUGUCUGUUUUGGUUCUGUCCGGUCUCUGUUCCAAGUUACUGCACAUAUAUCAGCAUCGCUCGCUGCCUCUUUCGCUGUUGGCGCUCUAUUUCCCAACCUUCUUCAUCCAGGAGAUCCUGCUCUUCGUCACAGUAUGGAUCCUGUUAUAUACAACGACCGGUCGGUGGUCGGUGGCCGCCGUGAUCGGUUCGGCAUUCAUCGCAUGCACUGAUCUGUUAGCAACAUCAUCGCAAGUCAGUUUCUACUCGCAGACCGGAAGCGAGAUCCGAUGGGACGCAGCCCGAUCUGUGGGCGCCAGCCGCCAAGGAAUGAACUUGAUUUUGAGUGGACUGGCGCCCAUGGUGGCUACGGCCACGGUCAUCUCGGUGGCCUCUUGGCUAGCAGCUCAAGGGAUCUGGAAUCUCAUGAGCCGCUGGCUAUGCUCCCUCGCGCAUCUGGGAGAUUCAAAGAUCUACCACCAACUGCCCGGACCCUCGGACUUGAGAAGUUUGGUUUCUAACAAGUCCAGGCUGUGGACGAUGGUCGCCAGUGGUGUGACCAUUGGGCUUUGGCUGAUUCGCCCCGCGGUGCCAUACAAUCAUAUGACUGGAGCUCUUCCAUUCACGAUGCUGGGGGAACACUCUCGGGCCCGUCGGAUUGCGAUUGAAUCUUUCCCGCUGCCUGAGCUCUUGAACGAAGAGUUCCGGGAGCCUGCCAGUGGUCAUUACAAAGGGUGGGCACCGACUAUGGACGACCUUGGAAACACUGGAUAUGGAAACGAGAAGCCAUUUUGGGCUCAGGGUCCUCUGCCUGCGGCCUUCGAAAGAUGGAUGGUAAGCCCUGAGGCCGAAGGGUCGGGAUCUGCGUCGAAUGAAACAGUGUCUGUGUCAGACAAACAGGAUCAUGAAAAUCAGAAUGCGACGGCUGAGCCGCGGCACUAUUUUUAUAACCCGUCUCAGGACCCUAUGAGAAUCUCGAAUCUGGACUUGGAGCCCCUAGCUCCGUUGCAGGAAGCUCUGAAGGAUCAUGCAAUUCCAAUCAACCACAUCGUGUUUGUCUUUUUGGAAAGCGGCAGAAAGGAUCUCUUCCCUCUGAAGAACACAUCCCGACUGUACAGUCAAAUCCGUGACACCUAUGAGAUCUACAGCGAAGAGGACGAGGCGGAUCUGCACGACAAGCUCUCCCAGAUAACCCCCAUAGCAGAGAUGCUCACGGGCGAAGAAUCUGGGUUUGGCUCGUCGGUGGAUUCCUCGAACACAGAGCUGGGUGGCCUCAGCUUCGAUGGGAUUUUGUCAGGGAGCAGUCUCUCUGCCAAAUCGCGUCUUGUCAACUACUGCGGUCUGGGACCGUUGCCAGUGGAUUUCAUGCACGAAAAUGAUAUCAUCCCUUACCAACCGUGUUUGAUGCACAUCUUGGAUCUGUUCAACAAGCGCAAGAGUCUUGCGCCUUCGGAGAACGCGACAAGCGAGCCUCUUGAACGCGAGUGGGAGGCUAUAUAUGCCCAGUCGGUCACUGGAGAGUUCCAGGACCAGACUCGACUGAUCGACUUGCUCGGUUUCAAUCAAUCCUUGUACUCCGAGGACAUUGAUAUGGAGAAUUCGACCUAUUUCCACGAGGGAAUGGAGAAGAUCAACUACUUUGGUUAUGCCGAGACCGAAGCUCGUCCCUACAUCAAAGACAUGAUUGAUGAGACCCUUCGACAAAACAAACGACUCUUCCUUUCCCACUUUACAAGCACUACCCACCAUCCUUGGGGUACACCCGAAGGGUUCACCCGCGAAGAGUACUUUGGAGAGCUCCACAAGUCCCAGCAUGAGCACAUGGAUGGUUUCCUCAACGCGAACCGCUUCGUCGACACCUGGCUAGGCGACCUAAUGAAACUACUCAACGACGCCGGCAUCGCCGAUGAGACCUUGACAGUCUUUGUCGGAGACCAUGGCCAGGCAUUUGGCGAAGACUGUCCUACGACAGGAACCUACCACAACCCGCACAUCAGCAACUUCCGCGUACCACUACUCUUCCACCACCCCCUGCUUCCACGCAUGCACCUCAACGUCAACGGAAGCGCAGUCUCCAUCCUCCCGACCAUCCUCGACCUCCUCGUGCACACUAACUCCCUCAACCAAGACGAUGCGGAAAUCGCCCUCGAUCUCAUGAACGAGUACGAAGGCCAAUCCCUCAUCCGACCCUACCGCACCUCCCACAACGGCCGCGAAGCCUGGAACAUGGGCGUUAUCAAUGCCGGCGGCUCAAUGCUGAGCGUUGGCUCCGCCGCUGUGCCGUGGCGUCUCAAUCUCCCUCUGAACAAUGACUUUGAGUACCGCUUCACCCACCUCGACAAGGAUCCGUAUGAGCUUGAGCCUAUCACGGGCUGGACGAUGAGUGCGCUUGCUGCGGAGGUGCAUUCGCGUCAUGGGCCUGAGGCGUUUGAGUGGGCUCAGAAGGCGGAGAAGGUUGGGCUUUGGUGGGUUAUGGAGCGGAAGAAGCUUUGGAAUUAUCGUGAUCCUGCAUAA